AUGUUCACUAAUAUCGACGAGCGAAUAUUCAGACAAUCAAAACUAGCUGUUGCUAGAAAUCUUUUUGAUGUAGAAGUGCCUCAUAGACUAGGAAGUUAUGAUCGAUUUAUUCCCUAUAGAGCCAAUAAUAAUUGGGAGACUUCCUUUGCCACUAUACCUGAUCCUAAUAAGAACACUCAGACAGGGAAGAAGACAAGAGAAACUGGUGAAAAUGCGAGGGACAGUUCAGUGUACAACAUUUUGUUGAGGAAUGAAUUAUUAGGUGAAAAUAUAGAAGAUGUUAAGUCUCAGUGUGAUGAAAGACAAGCCCUGACACCAGUUAAAAGUAGAAAUCUUUUUAAAUAUGGUACUCCAAAUAAGAAUGAAAAGACGCCGAUUAAGGCCCAAUCUAGUCCGUAUUCCCUUUCGCCUCUCAGUACAAGUAGCCAAAGACUUCUUCGAUCUCCACACAAAGCGACAAGAAAGAUAUCUAGGAUUCCUUUCAAGGUGACCCGGUUAUGUGAUCUGUCAAGUGAUGGAAAUGUAGUUACGUCAGUAGCUUGGAGUGAACGAGGACAUUUGGUGGCCGUAGGGACACAUCUCGGUUACGUAACGGUAUGGGACGUAGCAGUCAAUAAGCAAGUGAACAAAUUGGUAGGACAUAGCGCUAGGGUUGGUGCUUUAGCAUGGAAUGGUGAUGUAUUAAGUUCUGGGAGUAGAGAUAGACUGAUAUUACAACGAGACACCAGGACACCACGUGAGUAUUGA